CUGCAGUAAGUAUAAAUUGGAUUUGUCCAGAAACAGACUGAGAUUCCUGCUUGGGAACAUUGGUCUGAAGGGAGAACCAGAGCGGAUGCUUCUUCAUAAAUUGCAUUCUGUUUUUUAAAUCUGCCUCCUGUUAAGGUAAUGGAGAAUAAUAUUUUUGCUCAUCCUGUGGAUCCUACACACCACUUCCAUGCCUUACUGCUGGACCAGAGAAACAGGCUACGGGACCACAUCAAGAUCCUCUGCGAGAUCUCCCGGAGAAUCAACAAGUUCCACAGACGUUCUUGGAUUGCCAAUCUCACAGGGAGCUCUCUAAGUGCCACAGGAGCAAUCAUGGCCAUCGUCGGUCUGUCCUUGAGCCCUGCUACUUUAGGGGCUUCUCUCUUGGCUUCUGGCGUGGGCUUAGGAGUAGCGGCCGCAGGAGGGGCAGUCACUGUCACAUCCGACGUCUCCUUAGUUCUCUCCAAUUCCAAGGUGGUGAAAAGGGUAAAGGAAAUUGCAGUGACUUGUCACGGUCAGAUGAGAGAAAUUAUGAAUUGCCUGGACUUCUUACACCGCAGUCGGGGCCCAAGGGAUCCCAUCUUACUCCAACCUGAGAAAAAUGCUUCCAUUGCAUUGUAUAAUGCCAUCUGCUUCAUGGUCUUCUGUGGUUCCCAUGGGCUGCUGGUACCAGAGUAUACAAAAGAGGUGACCAAAGUGAGCCAUGCCGUGCUUAAGGCAAAAGUCCAGAAGCUGGUGGAAAGCCUAGAAGCCUGUGCAAGACCCAUGGAUGAGAUCUGCGAACUUUUAGAGAACAGGAAAGAUGGUCCUAUGAAGACCAGGACUCUGGGAUGUCCGUGACCAGAAUCACUCCUGAGUAGCAGCAACACCUGUUGCUAAAAUCCACUUGGACUAGGCUAAGAAAACUAUGUAUAUUGUGUUGGUUUUGUCUUUUGCUACUAUCAUCUCUGUGUCUGACCAGGGAUUUCUCCAGGCACCUGCCCCCACAACUCUGGGUCUCCCUCUUUACAGCACUGCUUCCCCAUCUACACAUAUAGCAAAUGUGCACUUAGCGCUGUGGCAUGAUGCAGCCUAUAUGGCAGGGGAAGGGGAGGGAAGCUGGAUGAGGCAAAGCUUGGGUAGUUACCCUUAAAGAAAAUGAACAAAAUGACAUUCUGAAGUCAUCCAUGGCUGAGGAGAGGUAACAUGACAAUCUACCUUGCUCAGUUCUGGGCUUGCUUCAGCAUAUCAUUGCACUCCUUCUUAUUACAGGUAGCUCUCCUCUUCCAGGGACUGCCUCCAUAACUACAGAAAAUACCAAAUUUACUAUUAGAAGGUGAUAAAACUGUAUCCCUUCAGAGAUGAAUUUCUUCAAAGCUGUGGCAUCUGCACAAUCAUGUUUACAAAUGAAGCCUUUGCUUACCUCACAAUGAUCAAUCACCAAACAAAAACAAGGCUCAUUUGCCAAAUGUGGUUGAGGAAGUUGUACUAGGAUAAACAAAUAUUUUUUUAUCUCUUAAGGAAGUUUUGUUUCUAAUAUGUUGUGAAUUGUGCCAGAUAGUUUGACCCAGACCGAACUGGAUGGAAGACAGGCUUCCAUGACACAAGUACUUUGAGUUAAUGUUUAAGGCCAGGGUCAGCAGUAGAAACAGAUGGGAAUAGUCCACAAAGCCCUGGUUUUAUCUGACUCUCACAAUGCUGAGCUUAAUAACAAUAAUGGUCAUGAUGGAACUGCAGCCAGCACAGGAAGGAAAUGGCUGGAAGUUCCAGAACUUGUUGUUCACAAAGCUCAGUAAGGCGAAUAAUCAAGGAUGAAAGGCCCAAUUGCCUGAAUUUUUCUCAGUGAUGUUCUUAGCAGCAGAUGGGGAUUUGCCUAAUAGGUAUAAGAAGGGUCAAAAUGAUUUUCACUUUGCAUUGUGUCCUGACCUUCUUAGAGUCACAUUCUCUUUCUCCUACAUAUCUUUUAUGUAUCCUUUUCCAUAACAGAUGUUCAGGAACAGAAUGUAUUUUUGUAUUUAUUUCUGUAAGGGUUAUUUAAGAAAUUUUCAAGAUUUUUAUUUAAGGAAAUAAUAAUGAUGAUGGCUUGAAAUGGGAGCACUCAUUUUAUAGUGCUAGAAUUCAUUCUAUAUGACACAUGGCAACUUCUCACCAACUUUUUCAUUCCAAAUUUCAUAUUCAGCACAAGACAAGGCAAAAGAGACAUGGUUGGCUAGGAAACAAAGAAUAUAUCCUGAAAAUAGCUGUACAUCUUUACUUUAUAGACUGGAGAUGGUCCUUAACAAGUGGAUUAUGUCUGCACAAUAUAUUUGCAACCACCUUACUAGAAUGGACUCUUUGCAGAAUGUGUUCCAUUUGAUUUUUUUAAAAAGGAUUCCACACCUAUUGCUGGCUUUCCAAAAUAAAUAAAUGAUCCUCCCCCAAAAUUUAUUCAACAAAUGCCAAGGAUUUACAGAGCUGCACCAGUAAAGACAACCAGUACAAGUUUCAAAAGAGGUUCUGUAUGAGGUUUAGUGUAUCAUAACAAAUGGUUUUGGCUUAGACAUGGCAGCCAGUGACUUAAUAGAAAGAAUAUUCCUAUCUCACAUUUACAAAUGGAUGUUUUUCUUAGUAGAAUACUUCUUUACAUUUAUUGGCUAUAACACUUUACACACUACUGUGCAUAGUGAUAAUGGCCUACUUCUAAUCCAUUUACAUAACCUCCUCUAUAGAAGGAAACACUUUCUUUAUUUUCAACAUUCUAGAUUUGAAUCAGCAAUGGUGCUUCUUUUGUGAGCCUCUCUUGCUUUACCAUUGGGCUUCACACAGUUCGAAACCACAAGAGAUUUAACAUAGGCUACUAAUUUCCUCACAUACUACUGACCCUCAGAGAGAAGCAUGUGGGUGACUUAAGAUAUAUAGCAGUGUAUGGGUCUCUAAGAUAGUGUGUAUUGCCCAAAGCAAACGUUUACAUGAAUAUGCAGACAGGAAAGUGAUUCAUGACACCAGUUCUGUGUCUGAACAAUGUUACUGAGAAGAACUAAGCAGAAGAUAGGAUAAGGUCUCAGAUGGAGUGGCCUCUUCAUAAUGGCUAGAUAACUAUGUAGUGGUUUCUUGCAUGAUGGGACAGAUACGUUGGGAUGCUGGACCUGUGGUUGGUGAUUGAGUACAAAGAGGGUUCCAGAGUUCUGUACGUCUAGAGUUCAUAAAUUACAAC